UUAACUACAUUCUCGAUAUUAAUUAAUGAUAAUGACUAAUUAUGUUUUCUUUUAGGGCGGAUUAUUGGAAGUCUCAGGCGAGGAAGUAUUGCGAUUUCUGCAAGUGUUGGAUCGCAGAUAACAAACCGAGCGUUGAGUUCCACGAGAAGGGAAGACGGCACAAGGAUAAUGUUGCUAAGAGGUUAAAAUACAUCACGAAGAAGUCCAGUUAUGAUGAGAGGCAGAACCUCAGGGAGGACAGGGCUUUGGCGCAAAUGGAGGCCGCAGCUCUGGAAGCGUACAGGAAGGACGUUGAGAGUAAUGCCGACCUCACCUCGAUCAACAUCAAUAAGAAAGUGGCCGAGGAUAAUUUGGCCAUCUCCGUGAAGACGGGAAAGAUGUGGCGCGAGGCUAAAUCUGAAGGUGGACAAACUUAUUAUUGGAACAUCGUAACGAACGAAUCCGCGUGGAAAGCGCCGGAGGAAGGUUUCUUGAGCAUAGCGGAGCAGAACGAAGACUCAGCCAAUACCUCGAAGGCGCAGUGGAAGGAGUUCAACAAGAAGCAAAUACUUGAUACGCGAUUGAAGGCUCAAACUGAAAAGAAGCAGGAUGAUGAGGAUCGGGCGAGAGCGGCCAGAGAGAAGAUGAAGGAACGCAGGGUGGAGGAUAUAGCUCCUGUAGUUGCUGCUCCAUUGUUAGAGGAAGGGAAAACGAAUCCAUACGGGAGAUGGAACGUGGUCCAAACCACCAUCAUCGAAGAUCCUGAACCUCAAAAGGAUAAUCGGGAAACAGGAGCUGCUGAGGAAGAUGAAGAACAAGCUGCGGAAGAGGAACCUCCAGUGAAGGUGUUUAAAGAGAAGACCGUUGAGAGUUUGGGUGGUAACGAGAAGGUUCAGUUUAAGAAGAGGAAGUUCGGUGGUGGCUUCAAGCGAAGCGUCAGGACGAGGACGGAGGAUGAGGAAGACUGAUCGAUUCUUUGCACUGAAGAACGAAACGUAAAUAGGACCAAUUCAAUUGUUUAUUUUAAUCCGUUUGUAUAUUUGUAUAUUGCUUUUAUUUUAAUAAUAAAAAAAA